AUGGUCUCCUUUGAGAUGAAUGACCGGAAAAGUAAGUGUUCUUGCUUAUUACUAUUUGAUAAAUAAUGGCGACGCUUUUCCACAUGACCUUCUAUUUAUCAAAUGGUUACUAUAAACUGAUUGUUGGACUCGAAAAGAAUGAUUUAUCAGGAAUUAUCUAUAUUCUGUGUAACUUUAGAAUGUUCAAGUUAUUUAAAUAGCAACGUUCUUGGAAAGUCAGUCUCAAAUUUUGUGGCUUUAGAAGAGGAGACUGUUUGUUAAAGGCAAUGUGGAGCUGAAUAGUGAGGACCCGUUUACUGAUUUCGUGCCCUAUGGGGUUCAAAAGUCCUCGAGGUUAUCCUUGAUAUCCCCACUCCAGUAAAUAAAGUCAAGAUCAUUGAAAACUUAUGAUGAAAGAAAUGUGUGUUGAGCUGGUUUCUGAAGUGAUGGGCGGGUUGGUAGAAGGAGGAGGGAGGAUGGGGAAUAAAGAAAAUCGGACCAAUCUUGGAGUUCAGAAUUCAAUUCAGAAAUUUCAUAACCAUGUAGAUCAUAUCGGUCGGAUACAUUUGUUAUUUUUUGGGAGGACUAAAGGUUUUGGGGUUAUAGGAGAUUUUUUGUUUGCUAUCACAGUCAGAGUAACCUUAAAAGAUAGAAAAGGAGGAGACUAAGAAGAGAUGGGGGAGAUGAGCGUGGGGUUCCCAUCACCAAUCCCAACUUUCAUGGAAGAGAGAAGAACGCUAGCAAAAAACUUUGAAAAAGAAGAAUUAGGGAAAAUGAAUAAUAUAGCCUGGACAUUACCACUGUUUCUCGUCAUUCUUUUGGAUCCUACUUCUCCUUUUUUCCGCCCCUUUUCCACUUUGUUGGCCAUCAGCCGUAGCCCAUCUCUGUUUGUGGUUAAUUGGGGAAAUGUAUCUGUAGGGCUGGAAAAGUGGGGAAAGGGGGGAAGUUGUGUGACGUUUGGGUGUGAACAUCUGUUGUUAUGCUUGAGUUAAUAUGUUGGGGAUUACAAGAUAAAAUGCAUGCGUGGAGACAUUCAAAAUAUAAAAUCAUUGAGAUACCAAAGACAUGUUGCAUAGGGUGAAGCAAGUGACAGCUCGAGUUAUGUUAAGGCUUUCCAUAAAUGGAUUUAUCUAAAUUACUGUCAUUUUAUGCUAGAAUUAUAGGGAAACUCAGAAUGAUAGUUUUCCGAAUUAAUGUCCGACCAACAUGAAUCAGUGGUCAUAAAAUUGGUUGACAGCUUUUGGUUUCCCUAGAUUCCCAUAAAGAUAUUGGAGUGAAGACUCCCUGAAAAUUAGAACAAAAGUAGGGAAAUGAGUCAAAGAGGUGACCUUCUGCAGGUGAGACUAUCACUAUCCCUGAUGUCCAACUGGAGUCCCUUUAUCCCCUCUCUCUCUCUGUCUCUCUGCAUGCCACUUGGCUUUGGCUUUCCCCUUCCUUACUCUCUGCCCUCCCCUUUUCUUCUCAUUUUCUCUCAAGGGAUAUAUAUAUAUAUAUAUAUAUAUAUAUAUAUAUAUAUAUAUAUAUAUAUCAUGGGCCAGCUUUCUGUCUACUGCAGCUGCUUCAGAAGCUACUAAAAAACACAGAAAGACCCCUCCUGAAUACACACGCUGUACACGGAAGAAGCUAACCUAGUAAAAAAUUUGACGUUUUCACAAAAUUUUGAAGUGUUCAAUUUAGGUAAAAAUUGAUCGUUUUAUUUUACAAUAAAAUUUAGUUGUGGGGAUUUUUCAGAACUGCUAAGCGGAUCAAGAUUGUUGGUAAUUGGCCUCCUAAUUUUUUUUUCUCAUACAUAAAUACUGGGCACUUAGAUUAUGGCAUUUUUACGAGUUCAUAUAGAGAUUUGAGCGGGAACUUUUUGAAAGGGUGGAGGAGGUUACAGAAGAUUCAAUUUCUUUGAUUUUUGCAUAUUAUUCUCAUUCAUCAUUUAUAGUAUGGAAGACAGCUGAGAAAAAGGCUGAACAUUACUUAAGGAAGGUUUCCUUGUCUAGGAAACAAGGAACAAAGAAAAACCAGAUACGUGGGGUGAGGAGAGCUAAUUUUCAGGAAAAAUCUGAACGUUGACCUCGUUUUGAUUGCAAAUGGCUUUUGAUGUUUUGGCUUGAACUUUGACCGGUGGAAAGCAGAGAAUGAAAUGUCGUUUCAUCUACCAACAGGACUCUCUAUAAUGUGUUGGCUAGACACCUCUGGAGUCAGGUCAACAAGCUUACUCAAACAAAUACUGCUCGUAAGUCAGAGAUGCCAAGAACAGAUGCUUCUGUAUUCCUUCUUGUGUUAGGAGUAUUCCUUGUAACCAUCAAAGGAUUCUAGGGAUAAGAAUUCACUUUUUGCAAAAGCAUAUUGAUAGCCGCUGCAUGUACCAAGCCCUGAAUGCGGCUUCAUGAACACCGAACCAAGCAAUGUUGGCAACAGUGGUUCACAAGCACGCCCUUAUGCCCAGGAUGACUGUCAAAAAGGGAGAAUGAGCAUGAAAAAAUAGCCAAUUGCUUCAUUUAUUGGUUCUCAAAUCAUGUUGUCGACAAGCCCUAUGUUUUUGAAUGAGAAUUAUUGAUUUAUUUCCCAAACUAGAAGGCCCAUGUCAAUUGGGCAUUGCCUAGGGCUAAACAUGCAGAUUCUUCAGAGAGCAACGAAUGACACCCAUACAAGACCCCCCCACUCCAGAUCCCACAGUAGUAUGUGAUAUGAUCAGACUGGCUUUGGAACCCAAGUAUACUUGUAACUUUUUCUUAUGGUAACUGACUGUUUUGAUAUAUCCAGAGAUUGGCCUGGGGUUGACUGGCUUUGGAACGCUCUUCUCAAUUCUGGGAAUCAUCUUCUUCUUUGACAAAGGUCUCCUCGCCAUGGGAAACGUAAGUGAAGCUUUUAUGAACUGGAAAGAUGGGAGAUCCCUGUUUCUGGUAAAUGCCUUGCUUCCUAAAGCUGUUUGACUUUCUGAUCCUUGUCAGAUCCUCUUUGUGUCGGGGGUGAUGUUGACCAUCGGAUUGAAGUCAACCAUACAGUUCUUCACCAAACGCAAGAACUACAAGGUUGAACUGUGUUUCCACGGACAGAAUCCCCUCCUGUCCCUUUUCUACGGGCCGCCUUAUGAUUCACUCUUGGGUCAUUUUUUUUGUUAAUCUUAUCAGGGUACGAUCUCAUUUGGCAUUGGCUUCUUUCUAGUCCUCAUCGGAUGGCCUGUUUUUGGAAUGAUCUUGGAGUCGUACGGCUUCAUCGUUCUCUUUAGGUAUGUCGGCUUCUUCUUUCUUCCCUCUCAUCAAGCUUCCUAAUUAAUUCUUCUAAUGUUUUUUCACACACAGAAACCCGGAAAACGGGCUCCAUGUCGUGCCUUAUGAAGCCCGGCCCGAAAAAAAAAACUCUCUCCGGGGAAUUAUAGUAGAAUCACAUGUGCCCACACAAAAACCUGGAAAGUGGGCUCCAUGCCGGGCCAAGUAUGAAGCCCGGCCCGGAAAAUAUUUUAACCACGUAGACAUCCCACUAGGGUUGACCUCCAUCUGCUCUUUGAUUCUUCAAGGUUUUAGUCCUCUAACUGGCGGCAAUUUGGUUGUCUGGCAGUGGCUUCUGGCCGACCCUAGCGGUGUUCCUCCAGAGGAUCCCGGUCCUCGGAUGGCUCUUUCAGCAACCCUUUGUGACAGCGGUAAGUCAACCUACUGCGAUAAGUCAACCCAUUAUGAAUUUCUCUAUGAUGUUUGACCUUGACCCUUCCAUCUCUGACUUCAGUUCUUGGAUCGUUACCGGGGAAAGCGGGUCCCAGUGUAA